AUGCUGAGCCCUCUCCCUGCCCUGCCUGGUGGUCAGGAGUCUGAACGGGACGACUCCUUCACCACCUUCUUCUGUGAGACCGGGGCUGGGAAGCAUGUCCCACGGGCCAUCUUCGUGGACCUGGAGCCCACCGUGAUCGAUGAGGUUCGGGCUGGAAUGUACCGCCAGCUCUUCCACCCCGAGCAGCUGAUCACCGGCAAGGAAGAUGCUGCCAACAACUACGCCCGCGGGCACUACACCAUCGGCAAAGAGAUCAUCGACCAAGUACUGGACAGGAUCCGGAAGCUGGCUGACCAGUGCACGGGACUCCAGGGAUUCCUCGUGUUUCACAGCUUUGGAGGAGGAACUGGCUCCGGAUUCACCUCCCUGUUGAUGGAGCGACUCUCAGUGGACUAUGGCAAGAAGUCCAAGUUGGAGUUCUCCAUCUACCCCGCACCACAGGUCUCCACCGCUGUGGUGGAGCCCUACAACUCCAUCCUCACCACCCACACUACCCUGGAGCACUCGGACUGUGCUUUCAUGGUGGACAACGAGGCCAUCUAUGACAUCUGCCGCAGGACCCCUGUCAUCUCCGCAGAGAAGGCCUACCAUGAGCAGCUGUCAGUGGCCGAGAUCACUAACUCCUGCUUUGAGCCGACCAACCAGAUGGUGAAGUGCGACCCUCGGCACGGCAAGUACAUGGCCUGCUGCCUGCUGUACCGUGGGGACGUGGUGCCCAAGGACGUCAAUGCCGCCAUCGCCACCAUCAAGACCAAGCGCAGCAUCCAGUUUGUGGACUGGUGCCCCACGGGCUUCAAGGUGGGCAUCAACUACCAGCCGCCCACGGUGGUGCCGGGGGGGGACCUGGCCAAGGUGCAGCGCGCCGUCUGCAUGCUGAGCAACACCACGGCCAUCGCCGAGGCCUGGGCUCGCCUGGACCACAAGUUCGACCUGAUGUACGCCAAGCGAGCCUUCGUACACUGGUAUGUGGGCGAGGGCAUGGAGGAAGGGGAGUUUUCCGAGGCGCGGGAAGACAUGGCCGCUCUGGAGAAGGACUACGAGGAGGUGGGCCUGGACUCCUACGAGGACGAAGAGGAGGGUGAGGAGUAGAGAAGCCCC